GUUACCAUGACAUUGAUAUAGCAUUUCUUCAUUGUCAUUUGCGGUGAAAACACGGCUAAAGUAAAAUGUUUUGGGGUAUAAGUCCAGCUCUUGAUUUGCAACAGGAGUACCUUAAACACGGUGACGAAAAUGCAUAUGAAUUGAAUUUCUUGGUCAUCGGAGGUUGUGAUGGAAGACAUCUUAUGAAGACAUUGGCGCAAGCCUACCGACACACAAGACGUUAUAUGAAUCUUUUUGUUAUCGACGGAUGCCCAGAACUCAUUGCCAGGCAGCUACUACUCAUUUCUUUGGGAUUAGAGAGAACAACACGAUGUGGACUUUUGGAAAAAACCAGACGUUUCCUCGAGGUUUAUGGUAACAUCCUACUAAGACCGCCGACAUCUAGAUACGUAAUCGCAAAAGCCCGUCAACUAGUUGCAAUGAUUACUAAUCCAGAAUAUAUGAAUGGUCUUCUACCUUACGUCUCUGUGGAACAAAUGAAAUAUCGAGAAAAAGACUAUAUGGAAAAUCUUUUAAAUUUUUGGACUACUGGUAAUACCAAUCAAUUUAAUGCAUGCGAGCUUUGGGAACAUCGUAUUAGGUAUAGUCUUGGAGUCAGAUAUGAUAAUAGAGCUGGCGUUUAUGACUGGGAUUAUCAUAUGCGUAUAAAAGAAAUAGCCAGUCAAAUAUGUGUACAAGAAUAUAAACAUUUUAGAGAGCAUGGUGUUCCUUUUACGUGGCUAGAGACGGAAGUUUGUCGACCAAAUGUGACUCUGGCUGCUGGUGUUUAUAAGUGCGGUGAUCGUUAUCUCCACAGAGGUUAUUUAGGAGAUAUGGUAACAUCUCCGUAUAUUGGUUAUGGACUAGAUUGUGAAGACAAAGAUAUGCUGAAGUCUUCCCACGGAGUUAAUUAUAAAAGAGCGACAGACAUAUCUGAACGUAACGUAAUGAGGAUGCUUUAUGAAGUGGAACAUAGACAAAAAUUUGAUGCACAAUUAAUGAAUAUAGAUAUGGAACAAAAUUUAGGAAUGGUUGUGAUGAGUGAAUUAGAUGCUAAACUUUCCGAGAAUAGGCCAGAGGCACCUUUACUACUUCGUGAAGAUCGUGAUACAUACAUAAAUGUCGAUUACGGGAAGAUUCAUUUCCUUUCUCUGUCAGCGCUGGAUCAUUAUCCACAUAAACCUCAGUUCCAGGGUUUAUUUCAUGGUGUUUUUGUGGGUCACAAUAUUCUGCCAAAAAUUAAACCGAGCGUUUGGUCGAUGGCUAGAGACGAUGCUGUUGUUAUAAUGGAGACUCGUAAAUACAUGGUCGAAUUGAAAAGAGAGGAUGUUAAAGCAUUCGGAGAACAAAUCCAGCAAGCUGCUCUUGCGGCACAGUGUGAGAAGAUAAGUUCAUUCGACCCACAAAAAGAUGAUUUUGCCAAAUUUCUAAUUAGAAGGACGAGCGAUAGUACUGAUAUAUCGAAUUAAUUUACUGUUUUAAUCAAUAUAUACUACUCACAUAUUACUAUCAUUAGUGUUUCAAU